AUGCCGUCUCCCGACAACCGACCUCGAGGUGGCGGGUGGCUCGAAACAAUGGUGGAGCUACCGUCGGGGCCCGGAGACGAGCAUACAAUCACAGAUGUGGGUCACUGCUGCGAAGUGGUGAGGGAGGUGGAUGGUGACGGCGCACCCGCCCACGAAUGCGAGAGGGUGCCAGGAGAUGGUGCCAGCUGCUCGGCCCCCGAUGACCAGCAUCGCGUAAGCGACGACGACCAUUCAACAAAUAGUCCACGAAACAGUCUAGAUCCGUUUCGUACGGAAAGCGAUCCAGUGUCAACGGAGUCUAUAUUGAGAACUGGACGAUAUUACAAGGGGAUUUAUUGGCCAUCUAUAACAAAUAGUUUUAAGGACGAAGCUGUUGAAUUGUCUUACCAGCGCUACUCGAGGCGACAGCGCCAGAAGUCUCUGAUCAUGGUCAACGUGGUCGAUCUGGCACUAAAGAUAUGUUUAUCGCUAAUAUACACGCUGACUAACAAAAAUGACAUAGAAUCGGUGGCGGACAGUUAUCAAAUCGCGUGGACAGUCGCCUUUGGUUGUCUCAACGUGGCCGUCUGCCUCCUGGGUUGCUGGAGGUGUUUCGCCAACAACUACCUGCACUGGGCCGCAGCGGCCACUUGGAUAUUGCUAAUAGCACAGGGUCUCAGCGGGCAAGGUAUCGGCUUCCAAGCACCGGAAAACCAGGUGUGGUAUAUGCUCUUCAUCAUCUUCGUGCCAUACGCGAUGCUGCCGCUAUCGCUCGGCUGGUGCAUCGUAAUCGGGCUGUUGUCAUCCCUCUCGCACGUACUGGCCACUGCCGUCGUCAUCAAAGAUAUCAUGGAUAAAAAUUCUGAGGCAGCACAGUCCUGCGCACUGCGUCUGCUGCUCGGCAACGCGUUGCUGUACAACGCGGUGAACUUCGCCGGGAUGUACGCCAAGUACCUCACGGACUGGGGACAGCGGAAGGCCUUCCUCGAGACGCACCGCUCGAUGGUCACGCGUCAGCGCACCAAACGAGAGAGCGACCGCCAGUGGAAGCUGUUUCAGAGCGUAAUACCGGACUUUUUGGCAAAGGAAAUCUACAGUCACGUAUCGAGAGUCAAAGGAGAAUUUCAAGAGCAGCAGUUCAACAAUCUUUACAUACAGAGGCACGAAGAUGUGUCCAUAUUAUACGCAGACAUAAAGGGAUUCACAGAAUUGUCGAGCAAGUGCAGCGCUCAGGAGCUAGUGAAAUUGCUAAAUGAACUGUUCGCGCGCUUCGACCGAUUGGCAUCGGAGAACCACUGCCUGCGCAUCAAGUUGCUGGGCGACUGCUACUUCUGCGUCAGCGGGCUCCCGGAGCGGCGCAGCAACCACGCCUACUGCUGCGUAAACAUGGGGCUGCACAUGAUACGGGCGAUACGCGACGUGCGGUACAACGCGCAGGUGGACCUGGACAUGAGGAUCGGAAUCCACAGUGGCGCGGUGCUCUGCGGCGUGCUUGGACUUCUCAAGUGGCAGUUCGACCUGUGGUCGCACGAUGUUGGCGUCGCCAACCACAUGGAGAGCGGUGGCCUGCCUGGUCGAGUGCACAUAUCGUCUGCCACGCUCGAGUGCCUCAACGGAGCUUUCGAGGUGGAGCCCGGGGACGGGGGUUCGCGCGACCCGUUCCUGCGCGAGCUCGGCCUCACCACGUACCUCAUCAGGUCCACGGAGCAGCCGCGCAGAACCAGGCACAGGUCCAGGCCGAUGUGCAUCCAACCUCAAGCGCAGCACUCUGAGGUGCCGCCACGACGGAUCAGCAACAGCAUCGAUGAGGAAACUACCACCGACUGGACGCCAGAGAUGCCCUUUCAGAGUUAUUUCUCAAGCACAGCCGCCAACGUCACGCGCUGCCCGCGAAUCAUUAAACACGAUGACGGGGAGCAAGGACAAGAUAUAGAAAUCACUUCAAUUUCUGACGAGGACGAUAUAAUCAACCACUCGAUCGAGGUGAGUAGCAACAGGCGCAUGCGGUCGGACAACAUGCGCUCGUGGUCGCUCCGCUUCCGGCGCCCUUCGCUCGAGCAGCGCUUCGCCAAGCAGGACGAGCGAACGUUCAAGUCCAACGUGAUGUGCUGCCUCGUGCUCUGGCUGUUCAUCCUCGCCGUUCAGUACGUCAUACAUUACAACUGCUGGCGGCUGGUGGCGACCCUGGGCGCGAUGUCCAUUCCCCUGGCGCUCUCGUUCGGCGCGGUGAUGGCGGAGGAGUUCCCCCACGCGGCGCCAAGGCUGGCUCGCCUCUCCGCCGCGCUGAGCCGCACCCGCCUGCGGCGUAACUUGCACAUCUGCUGCUUCGUCACCAUCAUGUCGAUAUCGAGCACAACGAAGCUGUACAUCUGCCCACCGUCGUUUCGCAACGCGACUGGCAACAUCGCUCGCCAGAACAGCACCGCGACGGACAGAGAGCGGAUCGGCGAGUGCUACAGGCCGGAGUACGUUGUGUUCACUUGGAUCCUCUGCAUGGUCGCCUUGACGUCCAUAUUGAAGCUGUACUACCUGAUCAAGACCCUGCUGGCCAUAAUCAACGUGGCGAUAUACUCGGUGCUGCUACUGAUAUACUACAACGAGUACGACUUCGACUCGCUGAACGGAGGCACGCAGCUGCCGUUCUACGUGCAAAUGUUGAUCCUCAUGGUGAUGUUCCUGGUGAUCGUGGUGUACCACGCGAGACUGGUGGAGGUCACGUCGCGGCUGGACCUGCUGUGGCGGCUGCAGGCGGAGACCGACCUCGAGGAGAUGCGGGAUACCCAGCGCACCAACCGCCACCUCCUGAAGCACAUACUGCCCGACCACGUGGUCAACCACUUCUUGAUGAAAGACCGAUGCCCAGACGAGCUAUACUCGCAGUGGCGCGACGAAGUGGGCGUAAUGUUCGCCGGAAUCCCAAACUUCCACGAGUUCUACUCGGAGGAGAAAGCGGUCGACUGCAUGCGGCUGCUCAACGAGAUCAUUUUUGAUUUCGACAAACUGCUAAUGCAGCCACGGUUCAAAAGCAUAGAGAAGAUUAAAACUAUCGGUGCUACGUACAUGGCAGCCUCGGGUUUGAACCCAAAUCACAAAAUUGGAGACGAUGAUUGUGAACACCUGUGUGCGCUGGUGGACUAUGCAUUCGCUUUGAGAGAGGCCUUGGAAGAAAUCAAUAAGCACAGCUUCAACAAGUUCCGACUGAGAGUAGGCAUUAGCUGCGGCCCUCUCGUCGGCGGGGUGAUAGGGGCCCGUAAGCCCGUGUACGACAUCUGGGGGAACACGGUGAACGAAGCAUCGCGCAUGGAGAGCACCGGCGCGAUGGACCGCAUUCAGGUCACCAAGUACACGAAACAGAUCCUGGAGCGGCGCGGCUACGGGCUGGAGCCGCGGGGGCCGGUGGAGGUGAAGGGCAAGGGGCGCAUGGAGACGUGGUGGGUGCGCAGGAGGCGGGCGAGGGGCGCGGGGCCGCUGCCCGCCCCCGCGCCCCCGCGCUCCCUCGCCGCCCUCGUCUACACCAUGCUGCAGGCGCGCAAGCGCAUCUACACGCACCCGCUCGACACGCCCGCCGCGCAAGGUUCACGGGGAGGCAGUGUGCGAGCUUCGCAAAGUUCACGCGUACCGAAGCGACACACACACACCAACGGCCAGAAGAUGGAGCUCGGCAUCAGGCCGCACGCCAGCAGCAUGGUGGUGCGUCGGCCCGACAUGGCACCGCCGUUAGUGGGAAGCGUGUCGGCGCCCCACACGCCCACCGCGCCGCACACGUCUCCGGAGAAGUUCCCCGAAGCGGCGCCCAAGCUGGGGAUCGGGGCGCGCCUCAAGGCGGCGAGUUUUUCCUACAAGACGCGCCCCUAUAGAGGCUCCCCUCGCAUCCGGGAAGAGAGGGACGGCUCGGGUUCAACAGCGAACGGGGCGCCGGGCUCGUUCCGCUUCCGCUCGGUGACCACCGCCUCGUUCUUCCGCAGCCGCGCCAGGGAACACAAGCUGAGCGCGGAGCGGAUCAGCGAGAUGACCGGCGACGCCGAAGCCGUAACCAGGAUA